AUGUCGUUUGCUGCCAUUAUUUGUAAAAUGAUCAGACAGGAAAUGAUCGAUGACUAUGAAAUAGAUGGCAUCUUCCCUGCAGCGGCCUAUGAAAGUGAGGCAGUAGACAGCAUGUACGACACAGAGCCCAAUCUCGUGACUGGCGAGAGUGCAGAAGAGGAGACAGAAGACAGCGUCAUGUCCCCCAUUGCGGUGGGGCCCUCGUCCCCUCAGCUCUGCAAUGAGGACUUCACUCCUAAAGAGGGCUCACCCUACGAGGUGCCCGUCUACAUUCCCGAUGAUAUUCCCAUCCCUGCCGACCUGGAGCUCCGCGAGUCGUCCGUUCCAGGGUCUGGCCUAGGAAUCUGGGCCAAAGUCAAAAUUCACAUGGGAGAACGCUUCGGACCAUACAACGGACUGCAGAGCAUCACGGUGAAAGAGACCACUUAUGGAUGGGAGCAAAUGCUGAAUGAUCAUGAAACGUCGUCUCAAGACAGCUGUAUUAAAAAGCAAAUGCUGAAUGAUCAUGAAACGUCGUCUCAAGACAGCUGUAUUAAAAAGGUGCAGCUAUUCUUCAACAGGAAGUCCUUCAGUGAUACUUCCAUGCCUUAUUCCAGCAAAUGA